UGGGGGUAGAGUGUCUACACACCCUCUCCAGUCCUGACAUGACUCUACUGCGCAAUUGCAAACAACUGUAACCGAAGUGGUUUCGGAAAAAUGUUACUAGUACUCGUAAGCUGAUUUGGCAAACGACAGCAGAAUCUGACACCACUAGAUCGUAAUGAGGAGGACAAAACUAAAGAAACAAGCCGUGAUGUGACAUAUCCAGGGAAGAUCACACGAAGCCGUACUGAAAAUCAAAGGACGAAAUCAAUCAAAACCUGCCCGCUACUGUAGCCAAUAUUCGGGUGGAAAUGGAUGGAGAGCUACCAAGCUAGCGAGAGGAAACGGAAUCUGGUCAGGGAAGGACAGUUAAUGAAAUCGACGAGAUUGAAGUAAUAUUGAGUACCUUCACGUCAUUUUUUGUUGACGAGGACGUUGUUCAAUCGCUAAACAUAUGAGAGACUGGAGCCUAUCGUGACGCUUGCUAGCUAGCUGGGUGUGCAGAUUUACCUAACCUUAGUUACCGCCGUCCGACCAGUCCUUUGGAAGCUUAUAGCUGCACGUUUGACUGAACAACACCACCGGCCUUGGGAAUCACCUAGCUAGCUAGUUGGACUGUAAAGAAACUUUUUUGCCGCUGUGUGGUUUGAUAAGUUAGCUGGCUAGCUAAACAUGCUAACAGCACAAGUGAUUUGUUAGCUGGCUAACAUUGUAUGCUGUACUUUCCGAUCCCGAGACGCCUCGCUGGAGGUGGAGAAUCUGUAACGGUGGAUUAGCAAACAUUUACAAACUGCUUACUGUGAAGGAUAGCUAGUUAGCACUGCUAAUACGCGGCGCAUGUGGAAAAAUUUUUGGUUUCUUUGCCCUCCUUGGCUCCCAAGUUCAGUUAUCUGGUUAGUGACAGACACGUGCUUUUUCUAAGUAUCCAGUCAACUACUCAACAUUGCUUAUAUUCCCUGAAUUGGCCUGAGAGUUUGAUCUUUGUAUGGUCAGUUAUUCAUUUAGAUUAGUUAGCCAUUUAACAACCUGUCACCUCGUCCAUGCUGUAAGGGGCUGUAAUGAGAUAUGAAAAAUAGCUACUCAUAUUUAGUUGCACUGAGACCAUUUUAAGUGUCGUCUUCCCUAAUUUUGUUAAUCGGUAAAGAGGCUGCAAACGUUUGCUUUGGACUGUACAGCUUGCUUAGAGGGAGUGAAGAGUUAGCUAGCGAGUGAUCUUGCUGCUACCAAGGUAGGGCACAAUGGAUCCUCAAGAAGAGAAUGGUCGUCAGGAUGCGGACUCAGGAAGCUUACGGGGCACCACAGAGAGUCUCGCCGAUGCAGAGAGCUCGAUCGGCUCAGACUCGGAGAUCAACGGCUUUCCCGGCAACAACGAGAUGCAACCUGACAAGUACGGAUUCAUUGGAGGCGCGCAGCAGUACACUGGAGAUUCGGCCCAGGACGUUCCACCAGAGGUACUGAGGCAGAGAGAGGUGAAGUGGCUGGACAUGCUCAACAACUGGGACAAGUGGAUGGCCAAGAGACACAAGAAGGUGAGGUUGCGAUGCCAGAAGGGGAUCCCCCCCGCACUGCGAGGCCGGGCGUGGCUCUACCUGUCCGGGGGAAAGGUGAAGAAGGAGCAGAACCGUGGGAAGUUUGAGGAGCUGGACGGUCAGGCGGGGGACCCCAAGUGGCUGGACGUGAUCGAGAAGGACCUGUACCGCCAGUUCCCGUUCCACGAGAUGUUCGUCGCGCGAGGGGGCCACGGGCAGCAGGACCUGUACCGUGUGCUGAAGGCCUACACCCUGUAUCGGCCAGAGGAGGGCUACUGCCAGGCCCAGGCCCCGAUCGCCGCAGUGCUGCUUAUGCACAUGCCGGCAGAGGAUGCCUUCUGGGGGCUCGUCCAGAUCUGUGAGAAGUACCUUCCUGGAUACUACAGCGCAGGCCUGGAGGCGAUCCAGCUGGACGGGGAGAUCCUGUUCGCCCUGCUGCGCCGCGUCUCCCCGCCCGCCCACCGGCACCUGAAGAAGCACAAGAUCGACCCCAUCCUGUACAUGACGGAGUGGUUCAUGUGCGCCUUCUCCCGAACUCUGCCCUGGGCCUCCGUGCUCCGCGUCUGGGACAUGUUCCUCUGCGACGGUGUAAAGAUCAUUUUCCGGGUGGGCCUGGUGCUGCUGAAGUGCAUGCUGGGAUCUCAGGAGAAGCUGAAGGCGUGCCAGGGUCAGUACGAGACCAUGGAGCUGUUGCGCAACGUGGACCAGCGCUACAUGGAAGAGGGCUUCCUCGUCCGAGAGGUUCUGGAGGUGCCGGUGUCGGAGCGGGACAUCGAUAAGGAGCACCAGGUGCAGCUGAAACGCUGGAAGGAGACCCGGGGAGAGCUGCACUACAAAUCCCCUCCCAGGAUGCACGGCGCCAAGGCCAUCAUGACAGCAGAGCCGCCCAGCCACCAGGACCUGUGGCAGAAACCCACCAUCAUCGUGGAGUCACCCCUGCUGAAGGAGGAGGAGAAGGAGAAGGAGAAGGAGAAGAGCAAGGAAGAGAAGAAAGAGAAAAACAAGAAGGCCAAGAAGAAGAAGGCCCCCGCCCCGAUUAAGGACAUUCCAAACCCUUACGCCUUACCCAGCGACCCCCAGCCCCUCCACAAACACACGCCCCUCCAGGGCUCCACCCAGAGCCUGAGCAGCACAGAGGAGGACACCUACCUGUAGCUGGGUCUUGUGCUCCCUCUUGUGGUGGGAGUGUGGAAGUGCAACUCUGGAGCUGUCCGGUGAGGAAUGGGGUAACAGACGAGGACAGGCUGGGCUGGAAAACUGGAAUCUCACCGGCGCCUGUGUGCGCAUCUUAAGGCACAAUCUCAGACAGGUUCACCUUCCUUUGCUCCAUUUAGCCCCUCAGACGAGCCAUUCUGCCCCCCUCCAUCUCACUGGACACUGUCUACUCUUCGCCUCUGUUCAGGUCAAGGCGCACUGUGACUCCUGGACUAGAGCUCAACCGUUUCAUGCGUGCUGGCUUUGUGAGGGAUACCCCUUUCCCUAAAACACGCUCGUAACCGCGCUGGCUGCGACUACUGCGCACUCACUAACAGAGUUAUCUUUUCACGGGUGAUACACUGUUGCCAUAAAUUGUGUCUAAUCCAGAAGGACCAAAUAUUAACCCCACAAUUUAGAUAGCCUUUUUUGUAGAUUGUGUAGAUGUGCGCAUUCUUGAUAC